AUGGGAAAGCUUCGCUUCCUUGCGAAUUUCUGGGAAAACUUCUUCACUGAAAACAUCAACGAGAAGUAUAAGCGAUUUGUCGAGCAUCAUCACAAUACUUGCUCACCCAUACUCAUGCGGCUCGUAUUCAUUCAUGUGCGAGUACCAGCAACGGACCAUAUGUUCGUGUACUUAUCGCCAUCCACGGUUGAAUCAAAAUCCGACGAUGUUGAUGUGAAGAAUCGUUCUGCUGAAUUCGCAGCGCUUUACAUCACCGAGGAGCGUAUCUCUAUACGUCAUCGGGGAACGUAUCUCCUAAUUUUGCUGCAGGCCUUUCCUCAGACCUCGACAAUCCUACAGUGA